UUUAAAACAUGGAGGUUAGCAGCGCAUUUGCUUACAGGUCUACCGUUGCUCACCCAACGUAACAUAGCACGCCAGAUCGAGUUGGUAAGGGAAAUUGGACAAGGAAGGUUUGGAGAUGUCUGGCUAGGCGCAUGGAAGGGCGAUAUAGUAGCAGUGAAGAUCUUCUCGUCCCGUGAUGAAGGAGCGUGGUCUCAUGAAGUGGAAACUUUCCAGAUCCAUAUGCUACAUCAUCCAAAUAUUUUACAGUUCUACGCAAGCGAUAGGAAAGACACUGGCAGUGCGAUGCAGUUGUGGCUUAUUACAGAAUAUCACAGUCAUGGAUCUUUAUACGAUUAUCUCUCCACCACAACUAUCAGUCUAAUGACUCUUGUGCGCAUGAUCCGCGGAAUCGCAAAUGGUCUAUCCUACUUGCACACUGAACUAAUGGGAAUUCAAAAAAAGCCAGCCAUUGCUCAUCGUGACAUUAAGAGCAAGAAUAUUCUCGUCAAGGCUGAUCUUUCGUGUGCAAUAGCAGAUCUUGGGCUAGCUGUUCGGUACGAAGCCGGUCAUAUAAGCUUGCCGAAUAGCAAUAAAUGUGGUACAGUGCGCUAUCUUCCACCCGAAAUUCUGGAUGAAAAAGUGGAAUCCACAAAGUUUGAAUUUUAUCGCACUGCUGACAUGUAUGCGUUUGGACUGGUAAUUUGGGAGGUCACACGCCGUACUUCCUGUUCAGCUGGGCCAGCUUCCUCAUUUGCUGAAUCACUACCGUAUUACGAUAAAGUCUCGAGAGAUCCAACAAUACGGGAAAUGCGAGAAGUAGUUGUCGUGCAAAAUGUCCGGCCAUAUGAAUCUGCCCAUUGGUCAAACAACAGCGUAAGUUAUUCUUCUAAACCAUGCCUGUAUAUCUCUUGCAUUUCUACUUUCUUAGUGCGAAAAAUUUUCUAG